AUGAGCUGUUACUGGCUCUCUGAAUUGCUGAAAUUGCUUGGCUUUCAAGAAGGAAAGAUUCUAGAGACCAACCAAUUUGAUCUAAUCUUUGUUCAUGUUGGAGCUGAUGAAAAAAUAAAUGAUCUCAAAGACAGAGAAUUUAUGACCCAUUUAGUUGGUGAGCUGAUGCAUAUGGCACAACUGGAAACUGAUAUUGGUUCUCGGUUGCAUGUGUCUAUUAUAAUGAGCUAUGGGGCUGCCCUAGACGACGAAAAUUCAAUGUUUGUAGUUUCUGAUGCUAAACUCAAAAUUAACAAUGAACUUUCACAGCUUUUCCCUCGUCAAAGUUACCCAAUGAAAGGGGGGAAGCCAAACAAGAAUGUUAGGCACUACGGUCCAAUUCUAGUUGCACAGUGGCAGAAUGCUGUUACACGUAAGGAUAUGGUGGUGGAAUUUUCUUUUAGAGAUUUUAUUGAGCAUGGUGGAAAUCUUGUUAUACCUGCUGAUAGAUUUUUACAUGAAGUAGCUCUUAAGCUCUGGAAGGCCCCAAAUACGAAGGUUUCUAAGAAAGCCAAACUUGGUGUACAACUGGAGCAAAGCAAUGGCAAGGGAGCUGAUAAAGGUCAGAAUGCAAGUAAUUUUUUCCACUUCGCUUGUUUCUAUAACGUAUUGCUGAACAUGGCAAGUUCUGGCAGACUGACCAUGGAAGGCUACUUCAACAUAUAUCGUUAG